AUGGAUAGUGUACCAUUCAGUGUUGACAGUUCCAGUUCAAGUUCAUAUCAUAGCGUACAUGAUAUCAACGAUAAAACGAUGACUGAUGCUGUUUCUAAACCACGUCCUGUAGCUAGUGGACGCGCAGGUAAGAAAAGGGCCAGACGUCGUAGAUGGAGCCGCAAACCCAGGCGGACUCAAAAAGUUCCAACGGUGAUGGUUAACCCAAGAUUCAAGGAUGUAGGGUGUCAAUACAAACAGGACGAAUUAGUUCAAUCGAACAAUAAAUGGCAACUUGAAAUCUCGAAGCACAAUGGCUCAAAUUUGUAUCAAGAUGAUGACAAUUUUUCGACGAGAGAAUUUUUAUGUACUUGUAAUGACAUUAUCAAGGUUGUGGACAGUAACGAACGUACAACUCCUAUUAUUUGUGAGGCCUUACUAGGAUCUGCUAAUAUACGCUGUAAUUCAGUUGCAGAUUGUUCGGAAAUGAAGCAAAUUACACACUCCAAGACUGCAUUUUUGUGCAAAGAACAUAGUGUUCUUCUUAAGAACCAUAGAUGUUGUCCUAUCUGUGGAAUAUUUUGUCAAUCGAGAGAUUUCAUCCACUGUAGCCGCGAAAAAAGUCAUAGAUUUCAUCUGGGCUGCGUAAUGAACACCAAAUGUGACUUAAAAUGCCCACAUUGCGGUGAGGAUUGCAAAAUUGGACUAGGAUUUAACGAGCAAAAGUUAUUAUCAGAAAACGCCCUUGACACGAAUACUAAUGACACGAACAGUACUACGAGUUCUGGAUUUUGUGAGACAAUUUCUGGUUCUGUCUGCGAGAGCAACUCUAAUUUAUCACAAUGUAUGUGA